UGAAGCGUUUGCUUGUGUAUCAUCAUAAGACGACCGCUCCCCUCUCGUCCAGCUUCCACCACUGCGAUCCUUCCCCAACCUCCAACCCCGAACCCGUACCUACACACUAUGCUUAAGCUCACGACCGCCUUUAUCGCACUUGUGACCUUCUUCGCCCUCGUCCAUGCUGCCGGCCAGGGUGGCAUAUCUGUGAACCACCAUGACUUCUCCGUCAAGAAGCUCGGGGACAGCCACCACUACAGUGUCGAUGUCAACGGCAAGCACUACAACGUCGACACCACCGAGACGUCUUGUGUUAACAGCAAGACCGGCUCCAAGGUUGACUGCCACAGCAACAUCGCCGUCGACCCAAACGGCAACCCAUUGGGCCAAGGCGGGCCUCAGCCCUACGGCCCAGUACAGGGCAGCUGCUUCCAGUGUCGCUUCUUCUCUCAGGUCGAGCUCGUAGCCCAAUACGCCACGACGCUAGGGGAUGAGCACACGGCCAACCUCGAGUGCCUCUUUCUCCUGUUCAACACUUACUCGCCUACACGCGACUGGGCUGUCACCAUGCUCAACCCUAGCCAGAGUGGACAGGGUGAGUCACGUUGUCAAAGAUACGAUCUGCACGCGGCAAGGCUGACCAUAGCACCUCUUGCAUCGGUGAUGCUCGCUAUCAGCCGUCAUUGACACGGGUAUGGUCGACCUGCGCACUGCCUCGUACAUCCCCAAUGGCAUGAGUGGCGGCGGAUGGGGACGCCAGAACUUCCGCUGUUCCAACGGCGCCAUUGCUCAGAUAACCUGCCCCCUCUGCCGCACGUCGGGCCCCUACUAUCCUGGGAACGCCGUCGACGGUGGUACGGGGCCUGGGAUGGGGCCUGGAAUUGGUGGUCCCCCAAACUUCAAGGCCAAGGCCAAGG